CACCACUAUCAACCCGAGAGAGAGAGAGAGAGAGUCUCUCUCUGAAGAAGAGUAAAGAGGUCGGAGCAAAAGCGAGAGCAGAGCGGAGAAAGAGAGAAAUGGCGGAAUCGAAGAUGGUUCACUCAUCACUAGUUACAUAUGCAUCUGUCAUAUCACUUCUCACACUCUGCCCUCCCUUCGUUAUUCUACUAUGGUAUACGAUGGUACAUGCUGAUGGCUCCGUAGCUCUGACUUGGGACUACUUUAGGCGAAAUGGACUGCUAAGCGCUUUUGUUAACAUUUGGCCAAAACCCACCGCAAUUGCGUGGAAAAUUAUUUUUUGCUAUGCGGCUUUCGAGGCUGCACUCCAACUCCUAUUACCUGGGAAAAGGGUUGAAGGCCCUGUAUCCCCCAAAGGAAACCGACCUGUCUACAAGGCAAACGGUGUAGCAGCUUAUGCUGUUACUUUGUUGACCUACGUUGGCAUUUGGUGGUUUGGCGUAUUCAAUCCCUCCAUUGUUUAUGACCAUUUAGGAGAAAUAUUUUCUGCACUCAUUUUUGGGAGUUUGAUUUUCUGUGUUUUCUUGAAUAUAAAGGGUCAUGUUGCACCAUCCUCCACGGAUUCAGGUUCUUCUGGAAACUUAAUUAUUGACUUCUAUUGGGGGAUGGAGCUGUAUCCUCGCAUUGGUAAAGACUUUGAUCUAAAGGUCUUCACAAAUUGCAGAUUUGGGAUGAUGUCCUGGGCUGUUCUUUCUAUCACCUACUGCAUUAAACAGUAUGAAGCAAAUGGGAGGGUGGCAGACUCCAUGCUUGUGAACACUAUACUGACACUUGUGUAUGUCACAAAAUUCUUUUGGUGGGAAGAUGGAUACUGGAACACAAUGGACAUUGCUCAUGACCGAGCUGGUUUUUACAUAUGUUGGGGAUGCUUGGUAUGGGUGCCAUCUGUUUAUACUUGUCCUGGAAUGUACUUGGUUAAUCAUCCUGUGAACCUUGGAACUCAGUUGGCUCUUUAUAUUUUAGGGGCAGGAAUUCUGUGUGUACUUAUCAAUUAUGACUGCGAUAGGCAGAGACAAGAGUUCCGUAGAAAGAAUGGGAAAUGCUUGGUUUGGGGUUCUCCUCCAAAGAAAAUUGUAGCUUCCUAUACUACAGCUGAUGGUGAGACAAAAACUAACCUUCUCCUGACAUCAGGAUGGUGGGGCUUAUCUCGGCACUUCCAUUAUGUACCUGAGAUAUUGGCGGCUUUCUUCUGGACGGUUCCUGCACUUUUCAACCAUGUUCUUCCUUACUUCUAUGUAAUAUUCCUUACCAUCCUGCUUUUUGAUCGAGCAACAAGAGACGAUGACAAAUGCAGAUCAAAGUAUGGAAAGUACUGGAAAUUGUAUUGUGAGAAGGUUCCAUACAAGAUCAUCCCUGGAAUCUACUGAUAAUGGAAAUUAAUAUUAUUAUUGGUGUUUUUCCAUCUUUUUCAUAACUAAUAAAUUAAACUCUCAUUUAAGAGUUGGUACCAACUUCUAGGGAGGACUUGGCUUGAAGCCCAUAACAUUUUUACAAACAACACAAUCUAUGGUAUUCAAUUUUCUAUUCAUAUAUAGAC